CAAAUGAAUUUUCUAAUCUUUCAAAAAUGGCUAUUAUUGACUCAUGACAAGGAAGCCCUAUAGACUUUUUCAAGAAAACCCAAUAAAAGCGAAUGAAAGGGGCGAUUUAAACGGACAUUGCAGUUGGUAGUUACGACAUUCCAAACCAAAUGAGGCUAUAAAAUCCAUAGCCCCAUUGAUUGAGAGGCAGACCGCCAUUGCCACGCCCUCAACCCCCGUCGUUCGUCUACACAGGGACUGUCAAUUGGAGGGUUCCAUCCCCUUUUGACAGUUUCAAAUCAUUUAUCAAUUCACGGCCUAAAUUCUAAUAAUAUCUCUCUCUGCUACGCCUCUCCGGACCUUUUCUUCUCAACUUUUUCAAUUCUUGAGAGACGUUGCAGAGAGAGAGAGAGAGAGAGAGAGAGAACUCUUUCCUUCCUUUACUAAUUUUCCAUUACAAGCUUCUCCUUUUUUUUUUUUUAAUCAAUAUGGCGGUCGUUGCUUGUAAGAUCCCUUUUAGUGGCAUUUUGUUUGUUGUUGCUUUAGUUUUGACGAGGCUUUCCCCUGCCUGUGCUCAAUCGUUGUCUCCGGCUCAACCGCCUGCUACUAGCGAUGGAACGAGCAUAGAUCAGGGGAUUGCCUAUGCAUUGAUGUUGUUGGCGUUGGUGCUCACCUACAUUAUUCAUUCAGCGGAUCGUUACGUCAGUUUAUAAGUUCAUUCUCAAAACUAAUUCAGAUUCAGAUUUCACAGAGCUGGAAUGUAAAAUGGGGUUGAAGAAUUUAUCGUAGGAAAAUACGAUGUCAUGGACUAAACUUCACAUGUAAAUGAAUGAAAAUGAUGAUUUCUUUGACCUCAAUGGUGGCUA